AUUUAGAUAACGUUAAUUGAUUUUGUUUGCUUAAGAGUUGCCAAUUAAAAAUUGUUUUAGCAAACUAGAUAUUUCAUAAUUCAGAGGCAUUAUUAUGGCUGCAAAUCAUAAAAAACAGCAAGCAAAUAGUGAAAGCUUGCUAGAGCCCAGCGAUUUUCAUCAUCACACGACUCCCACUUCUGAUUCAAGUUUCCACCCUAAUACGACCACAUCCAUUUCCGAUGAAUCAAGCGCCCAGAAAAAGGAGUGGCAAUUAGAAUUGGCCAAAACCGAAGAUGAGAUUCAAACUUUGAGAUCUGUCCUGAAUGCCAAAUUGAGGCACGCCGAGGAAAUUAAAACCAAGCUCGGUAUAUCGCCUAUACAAGAAAUUAGAGACGAUAUUAACCAAGGCCUCAAAAAUAUUAAAGAAAGUACCGCUUAUAGAAGAACUAGUGAAUCAAUUCACGGGCUUACAGAUUCUACUGUUUAUAAAAAAUCGAGUGAAGUGGUGCAUGAUAUACACGGAACACUCGCAGAGAAUCCAUUAUUCCAAAAGACGAGUGAGACUGUAAAAAAGGCUGGAGAAACUCUCAAUGAAACGUUAAAUCCACUUUUGUCUACGGUCAGUGCUAGUGUUAAAAGCAAAUUCUGCGAUAUCAAGAAUUCUAAGGCUUAUAAAUCUUUUGAAGAUACGAUGGGUGAUGCAUACUGUUCAGUUAAGGGUAAGAUAACAGGAAACGCAGCUACAUCACCGAUAGUCAAGAGUGGUAUAGAUGAAGAUCCAGUUGCUACUUUGAUAACUUCUGACAAAUAAUUUCUAACCUUUUUUGCCUUAAAAUGAUGCAUCAUUUUUUUUGAAUUUAUAUUUUUCAGAACUAAACUUUAAUUACGGUAUUUUAGUCUUUAUUAAAUUUAAUCGUUACACGAAUAAAAACAAUGUUGGUCUCGAUCGUAAUAAAAUAAUUAGUUAUAUAUAAAUUUAUUCGCUAAUAAAUUUUAUGUUUAAAGCAAAUGUAUUUAUUUUUCGAAUUUUUGGUUUUCAUUGACAAAGUGACCAAUUAUAUUUAACGAUUAUUUAUAACAUUGUGCUCAUUUAUUUGUUUAACGCGUUUUAUUUAUUUAUUUUCAUUCUAUAAAGGAAAUUUUAAUUACAAUAUUCAAUCAUAUUUUUAUUUAUCUAUAUUAUGAUUCCAGAUAACUUUAAAGUAUUUAUUUAUAAAUAUAGG